GCACGCGCCAAAUGCGUCGACGUCAAGUGCAUGUGAUAAUGAUUGGGGAGAAGGCACGUGCACAAUGUCCACCGCGCGGUCGUCCACCUGUUCGAGUGUAGCCGGAAAAACAUUUAGCUUUCGUUUGAAGUUUGUGUGAACUGUAUCUCCGAGUCUGUGAAUCAGCCUUUAAAAUAACCAGUUAGUGUUAGUCACCACAGGCAACUCGGACAGACAUGGACUUCUUUCUUUAUAGGAAAUAAACCCAGCUUCAUUACAGCGAGCUGUCGGGGUUAUCUGCGUUAACAGAACCCUCUUACAAGCUGCUGACAACUUUGUAGGCUGUAGGAAACGAAUGGUAGACAUAGCAGCUGGUCCUGUUUAAGUGUCUGCUGUCCCCCCUUUUAUCUAACUCUGCCGGACUGCUUCUUCUUCUGCAGGAUGACUGCUCCCCAAGGUUACUUGCUUCAAAAGUGUCUCAGGUGCCUAAAGACAGACCAUGAUGAGGAACAUAGAAGCUCAAGCUCCCGCAUGAAGUGCAAAAGGGCGUAAAGGAUGGCACAGAGGCUCUUAUCAUGUCAGCACAAGUGUCCCUAAACACCAAAUCCACAGUGGGAGAAGUCUGCCACAGCCGACAGGGCCCAAGCUGCAGACUGCCACGGUGAGAGAAACCACUAAAGCUGGUUGAGAACAGCAGGGCUCCUGUGGGACUGACAGUUCCAGGCAGACGAGCAGCUGCCGGUAAACCAACCAUAUAACCAUAGCGGUGUGUGACAAGGAACAGAAAACCACAGUUGUGAUAGCCGGGCAAUCCCCAGUGGACGGCAACAUCAAGAAGAAAGAGCACAUAAGGCAAGAUAACUCUCAUUUGGAAAUGACCAACAUGAAGUCCAAAUCGCAGAGCCAGAGCGAUGAGGCCGAGGGCCCGGAUGGAGGCUGGGGCUGGGUGCUGGUUGUCGCCAUGUUUGUCAGCUCGAGCCUCGUGUUCGGCCUGAUGCGGAGCCUGGGCAUCUUCUUUGUGGAGUUCGUUCAGUACUUCGAGGAGAGCGCCCAGGCCAUCUCCUGGAUCUCGUCCACCGGCCUGGCUGCUCAGCAGUUCUUCAGUCCACUGGCCGCUGCACUGUGUAAUGCUUACAAUCCCAGAGUGGUGGUGAUGACGGGAGGCUUUCUGGCCGGGCUCGGCCUCACACUUGCCUCGCAGUCCACCUGUCUCGUACACCUCUACCUCACGAUGGGAGUAAUUUCAGGUUUUGGAUGGGGGAUGGUCUUCACUCCCAUGGUGGCCACAGUCAUGGCUAAUUUCACUCGCCGGCGUGCCCUGGCUCUGGGACUGGGGUUCUCCAGCAUCGGCCUCUCCUCCUUCGCUUUCAACCCGCUCUUUCAGCUGCUGGUGGAGACGUACGCCUGGCGAGGGGCCCUGCUGAUCCUGGGGGCUCUCAGCCUCAACAUUGUACCCUGCGGGGCGCUGAUCCGUCCGCAGCGGCGCUCUAAAGCACCGGCAAAGGUGGAUUCAGAGACAAAGUCAUGUGCGUCCAUGCUGCGGCGCAUCGCCUCUUACCUGGAGCUGUCCCUGCUGACUGAGAGGCCCUAUCUCACUUACACUUUGGGCGUUACGCUGUUUAACGUCGGCUACUUCGUGCCUUACUUCCACCUGGUGGCCCACAGUCGCCAAGUUGGCUUCUCAGAGUACCAAGCUGCCUUCGUUAUGUCAGCUGCAGGUGCUUCGGACAUUUUGGGGCGCGUAGUGUCGGGCUGGUUCUCUGACCUGGGCCACUUUCGGGUUGUUCAUUUACUGACCUUGUGGACAGGCCUAGCAGGAGUGUUUAUCAUGCUGCUGCCAGUGAGCUCCAUGUCUGGCUCCUACGCCGCUCUGAUGGUGAUCAGCCUGCUUUAUGGCUUCUGCUCUGGGGCUUUGACCUCCGUUGUUUUUGCGGUGGUGCCCAUGAUUGUGGGUGUGGAGCGCACGAUGGGGGCACUCGGACUGCUGCAGCUCAUCGAGAGUGGUGCUGGACUUCUGGGGACUCCUUUGUCAGGUAAGUGUGCGUUAAAGCUGCUGAGAUAAAGCCAGCUUAUAACAAAAAUG